AACUCAGGCUAACCUGCUUGUGAAACCUUUGACUCCUCUGCUUCGUUCAGCUCCAAGUGACUCAAACCUCAUCAUGGUAUCGCAGGGACGACAGAUGCUGGGCUUUGUCCUGGGCAUCAUUGGCUUCUUGGGGUCUAUUCUCAUUUGUGGCCUGCCUAUGUGGAAGGUCACAGCCUUCAUUGGAGCCAACAUUGUGACGGCGCAGGUUAUCUGGGAAGGUUUAUGGAUGAACUGCGUCAUGCAGAGCACAGGUCAGAUGCAGUGCAAGAUCUACGAUUCUCUGCUGGCUCUUCCUCAGGAUCUUCAGGCUGCCAGAGCUCUUGUGGUCGUUGCUAUCAUCGUUUGUGCUGUGGCGGUGAUCCUGGCCAUCGCUGGGGGGAAGUGCACCAACUUCGUGGAGGAACCACGUGCCAAAGCCAAAGUGGCUAUCGCCGCUGGAGCUGUCUUCAUCUGUGCCGGUGUGCUUGUUCUUAUCCCCGUAUGUUGGUCUGCCAAUGAAAUCAUUGUGACUUUCUACAACCCCACCCUGAUAAAUGCCCAGAGGAGAGAGAUGGGAGCUGCACUCUACAUCGGCUGGGGCACAGCUGCACUUCUCAUCCUGGGUGGCGCCCUCCUCUGCAGCUCCUGCCCACCCAAGGAUCGAAGCCCAGAGUAUCCAGUGAAGUACAGCGGUGCCAGGUCCACAGCCACCAGCCAAGCUUACGUCUGAGAGCCCCGUUCUACUGAGAAGGACUAUAAAUUAUUUUAAUAUUCUUCAGUAACCCUCCUUCAUUCUGACUGCUUGUACCUCACAUUCUUUGUUAAGGUCACACAAAAUUCAGACUUUCUGUGAAAUUCUCUGGUGGAGACAACAGAAGUUCAAAGAUGUGUUAAGUACAGAGCUGGCAAAAAUAAAUAAAUCUUCCAGCCGGCACCAAUGUUGGACUGAAUGAAACGAUUUUAUUUUAAGCUUGUAUCAAACCUUAUUAUCCUCUGAAAUCUAGUGGGAAACCUAAGCUGUGAUUGAAGGAUGCUGUGGAAGGAAACAUGUAUUAUACUGCUAGCAUAUUGUGACUUUACUGUAUAGAAUAUUUUGUUUACUGAACUGAACUGAUUUGUAAUAAAUUAUUUUAUUCAAUUACAUUCUUAAUGUCACCCAGAAA